UCUUCCAAGCCGAAUUCGUUCAGCAUUGGAUAAUGAACAUGAAUCUAUUAACAUAGGAAGGUCUAAUUCCAUUCCAAGACGACAAAUAGCAUCUCUUCCAAAAGAGCACACCAAGGGUGUGAAUUCUUUAUUAUGGUGUGGCUCCUUUGCUUUAAAUAAUCAAGGACAGGUAUUGGCUUCCGCAUCUAUGGAUUGCACGGUCAGAAUUUGGGAUAUUUUUAGAUCAAGGAAGUGUGUUCGAGUUAUCAAACAUGAUGGUGCUGUAAAGGAUAUUCGGUGGAAUAAUAACUUUAAUAAUAUACUUUCUGGUGGAUAUGAUAAAGUCGCAAAAUUAUCUGAUAUUGAAACCGGAACCACUAUACAGACAUUCUCUCAUCCACAAAUUGUUACUGCCCUUCGUUAUCACCCUACACAACCGAAUAUUUUCGUAUCAGGAAUGAUACAAGACGGAAUACGAUCUUGGGAUUUGCGUACAAAUAAAGUCAUUAAGGAAUCUAGAAAAUUUAUGGGCAGCGUUAAUGACAUUGAAUUUUUCCCCAAUGGAAAUAAUAUUCUUACUUGUUCUGACUACGUGGUCAGAAAUGCGUCUGAUAAAAAUAUUAUGGUUUGGGAAAUUGACUCUAUGACAACAAUCUCUAAUCAAAUAUAUCAAGAAGCAUUUUCUUGUACUGCUCUUCGAUUCCACCCUUUUCGUAAACAUUUUGUUGCUCAAUCUAAUGGAAAUUAUAUCGCCAUUUUUGGUGGUGAAAAACCAUGGAAAUUAGAUAAAAGAAAGCGAUUUGAAGGCCAUCUUGUGAACGGUCAUCCUAUUCGCUGUAACUUUUCACCAGAACCUGACCAAGGCAGAUUUUUAGCUUCAGGUGAUGCAAAUGGUAGUAUAUUUUUUUAUGAAUGGCCAACGUCAAAAAUUGUAAAAACGAUAGAAGAUGCACAUUUGGGAGCUUGUAUUGAUGUAUGUUGGCAUCCUUUGUUGAAUGGGGUUGUUGCAAGCUGCGGUUGGGAUGGGAAAGUAGCACUAUGGG